GGACGGGGGGCGGGGGGCGGGAGGGGAGCGGAGACCGCCCCCGUUGCCCAUGAGGAGGCGCGAUGCGGGCGGCCCGGGCCCCAGACGCCUCGCUGCUCUACAUUCACGCCGCGCUGCUCGUCUACUUCAGCUAUGCCAGCCUCUUCCUGGUGGAGGCGGACAGUCCCUCCGCCCCGGUCAACGUCACCGUGAAGCACCUGAAGGCCAACUCGGCCGUGGUGAGCUGGGACGUUCUGGAAGACGAGGCGGUGAUUGGAUUUGCCAUCUCUCAGCAGAAAAAGGACGUGAGGAUGCUCCGCUUCAUCCAGGAAGUGAACACGACGACGCGGUCGUGCGCGCUGUGGGACCUGGAGGAGGACACGGAGUACAUCGUCCACGUGCAGGCCAUCUCCAUCCAGGGCCAGAGCCCCGCCAGUGAACCGGUCCUCUUCAAGACCCCCCGCGAGGCCGAGAAGCUGGCCUCCAAGAACAAAGACGAGGUGACGAUGAAGGAGAUGGGGAGCAAGGACCAGCAGCUGAGGACGGGGGAGGUGCUCAUCAUCGCCGUGGUUCUGUUCAUGUGGGCGGGAGUCAUCGCCCUCUUCUGCCGGCAGUACGACAUCAUCAAGGACAAUGAGCCAAACAACAACAAGGAAAAAGCCAAGAGUCCGUCGGAGAGCAGCACCCCAGAGCACCAGGGUGGGGGCCUUCUGCGCAGCAAGUUUCCCAAACAAAAGCCCUCGGUGAACAUCAUUGAAGCAUGACUGCCUGCCUGCCUGCCUGCCUUCCUGCCUGUGGGAGAAGGCCUCCCCGCUCCCCUGCUCCGUCUCCGCACAUCCCGGGGGGCCGGGGGGACCGGGGGCCCACAGAGCAGCUUGGAAAGAGCACACCCACCGCUGCACAUUCCCGACCCCCCGACCUGUCCCAUCCUGGGGGUGGCGGCUCCACAGAAAGCCUAAUCCUGCAAAAAAAAAAAAAAAAGAAUGGCCCGACCCUGAGGAAGAGAAGGCUCUGACAAGAGUCCGGUGGGCUGGGCAACCCCAGAAAGCUGAAUCCUGCAAAAAAAAAAAAAGAAUGGCCCAACCCCGAGGAAGGAGAAGGCUCUGAAAACGCUCCAGUGGGCCGGGUUACCCCAUGUCCGGCUCCGGCUCCCCUGGGACCCUCCUCUUGCACCGGACCAAUCUUCUGCCUUCUGCUCCCUUCAGGCCUGGUCUUCCCUUCUGGGGAAAUGCACAACACACAAUGGUUCCUGCCUUUCGGUCUUCACUCCCUAGGGACCGGACUGAGCUCGGCCCUGCCCGGCUUCCGACUCACACCCUUGCGACUCGAGGUCUGGGGACACAGAAGCGGGAGGAGGGAUUGGGGGGGUGUGGACCCGAUGGUCUUUCAUUUCUUCUCCGAGGAUUCCAAGGCUCCUCUCUGGGUGAGGGCAUCAGGGGUCUGCCACCAUCACCCCAUCUCACCUCUCUGUCUGUACCCCUGUGCCCCGGGUCUCCUUGUCUCCAUUACUAAUGAGCAGACCGGGACCCCCAGCUCCACCAGAGACCAGAGGGGAAAGCAGGGGUGAGAAGAACACACGAGCCCGGCCCUGCCUCUCCAUCUGUGGAGUGAAAUCCCGUUGGUCCCAUCAACCCGGAAGCCUGGUGGCUUUGGUUAGAGGCCCAGCCUGGACUGGGCCAUUAACUGGCUCUUUCCUAGGGCUUGGAGAGCACUGGGAGGGUUGGGGCAGGGCAGGCCUGGCUUCCUCUCUCUCCCCGUCCCACCCCCACCCCCGAUCACCCUCUUCGCCUCAUGACGCCAUCUCGUCCGGGGUUGAGGGAAAGCCACUGCCUGAUGCCAGGGUUGCACCUCCAGGACCUGGAGGUAGAGCAGGACCAGGGGGCCUCUUGCUCUCCUGAUUCACAUCCAACCCCCCGUGGGGACCACACGUCCAGGUUGCCAGCGAGCGAUGGGCCUCGCGACAAUGGGUAGGGGGUAUGGAUUGAAGACACCAAAGGGGAGAGGGGUCUAGACUAACUGAUCUAAGGUGCGAGGACCCUCUCUACCUUGUGUGGCACUUCGGCCAGACAGUAAGAGGCAGGCCAGCGGGCUGCGGGUCUCUGCCUAUAGACAGAAGCUCCAUCUCGACAACCUUAAGAAGCUCUCACUAGCCUAGGCCUUCACCGUCUCGAUCCUUCUCUUCAGCCUUCCGGGAGCAGUGCGCGUGGGAGGGAGGUGGCGAGACUUAGCCCGAGGAGGGAUUUCAACAUCAAGGGCUUCCCCAAUGCCAGCGAGGGAAGGGAGGGUUCAAAUCCAUUGUCGUGUAACUUCCAUCCUUGCUGAACGGGGCUAGGAGGCGAGCCUCCUUAGGGGAGAGGGCAAUACCUCUUGAUCCAGUUAGAGCAAUAACCAAUUUUUAAUGUACAAUAAAAAACAAAAAAGCACAGAGAA